AACUUUACCUUAAGCUUGCUCAGAAGGUCUCCGCAUUUGUUCAGAUUUGGAUUUUUCUUGUUCCACUCCGUUUUCAGCGUCUCAUACAGCCCCGCGGUCUCUUUCAGCGCCAUGGUGAUUCUGCAAAAUACACGACACCGGCCGCCGUAACACGUUAGACGACUGUCGUGAAAAAAAAGCGUCACUGCCUCCUCCUGAUAUCACAGUUGAUCAAGAUGGCGGCACUCAGUUCGGAGCGGUGGCUGAAUGAGUUACCGAACCACACGAUCUUUAAAAUAAUCCGGGAGAAGCUGGAUUUGGAGCGGAGUUCGAGUGAAAGAGGGGUCGCUAAGAACCUCGCGUUUUGUCUGGGAGCGGACUUUUUCGUGUGGGACGACGCAGACCGCGUGUUUUACACAACCAGCCUGCGACAGUUAAACUCGGAGGAGAGUUCCGGCAGCGGGAACUAUCAGACCUUGCUUUGCAUCAACCCGCCUCUCUUUGAAGUGUGCCAGGUGCUGGUGAGCCCGACGCAACACCACGUCGCGCUGGUCGGGCAACGAGGCGUCUCGGUCCUGGAGCUUCCUCUGCGGUGGGGCAAGAGGUCCGAGUUUGAGGGCGGACGCAGCAAAAUCAACUGCAAGACGAUCCCGGUGGCGGAGCGCUUCUUCACCAGCUCACCGUCAGUCAGUCUGCGGCAGGCGGCUUGGUACCCCAGCGAGAUCGACGAGCCCCAUCUGGUGCUGCUCACUUCAGACAACACCAUCAGAUUUUACGGCCUCAAGUCCCCACAGACACCGGCCAAAGUGCUGUCAGUGUCGCAGUCAGAAGAUGACACCAGUGUCCACCCUCCGGCCCGCUCCUACGCAGCCUCUCUGGGAGAGAUAGCAGUGGCGUUUGACUUUGGGCCGAUUUCGGCCCCCCCUCGGCAGCUGCCAGCACAGGUCUCCAAAGAACAACUGGUCUACCCUCUCUAUAUUCUGUACGAAAAUGGAGAGACAUAUGUGACCUACACGAGCAAGGUAAACGGUAUAAAUCUGAGUAAACCCGUUGGACCCCUCCCCAUGUACCCUGCAGCAGAGGAUAACUAUGGCUAUGAUGCUUGUGCCAUUCUGUGCCUGCCCUGCAUUCCCAGUAUUCUGGUCAUUGCCACAGAAACGGGCACGCUGUAUCACUGUGUGGUGCUGGAGUCUGAAGAAGAGGAGGACACGAGGGCGGUGGAAAAGUGGAUCCGGGGCACCGAGGCAGUGCCAGCUCUCUAUGUAUUUGAGUGUGUUGAGCUAGAGCUGACGCUUAAAGUGGCUACAGGAGAGGAUGAGGAGACUCAAGAGUUUGAUUUCACCUGUCCAAUCAGACUGCACAGGGACUCCCUCUGUCAGCACCGGUAUCAUUGCACCCAUGAAGCAGGAGUGCACAGCGUGGGGCUAAUCUGGGUCAACAAGCUGCAGAAGUUCCUUAAAUCAGAUGAGGAGGAUAAGGACAGUCUCCAGGAGCUGGCUGCGGAGAAGCGCUGCAUUGUAGAGCACAUUCUUUGCACCAGACCGCUCCUAACCAGUCAGUCAGCACCAAUUCGGGGCUUUUUGAUUGUGUCUGACCUUGCCUUGGGUGCCACCAUGAUCUGCAUCACCAGCACCUACGAGUGCAUCCUGUUGCCCCUGCUGAGCUCUAUUCGCCCUCCCUCCCCUCCCCUGCUCUGUUCCCACCCAGGUCUGGGCUCUGCCAGCUCCCCUCUGCGCGGGCUCGCUGACGACUCCUUCGAGCAGCACAUUCGCAACAUCCUGGCGCGGAGCUCCACCAAUCCUCUUGUACUUAAAGCUGGGGACAAGGACACAUCACCACCACCUCCAGAGUGUCUGCAGCUCCUCAGCAGAGCUACACAGGUCUUCCGUGAGGAGUACAUUCUCAAGCAGGACAUGGCCCGUGAAGAGAUGCAGAGAAGAGUGAAACUGCUAACAGGUCAGAAGAACAAGCAGCUGGAGGAGUUGUCUCUGUGCAGGGAGGAGAGGAAGAGUUUGAGAGAAGCAGCAGAAAGGUUGGCUGAUAAAUACGAAGAUGCAAAGUAUCGCCAGGAAACCAUCAUGAACAGGGUUAAGAAAGUGUUGUGCAGCCUGCAAAGCCAACUGCCCAUACUGUCAAACAGUGAGAAAGAAAUGAAGAAGGAGCUUAAGACCAUCAGUGAUCAACUGAAACACCUGGACAACUGCAUCAGACAGGUGAACAUGAAGAUGGAGUACCAGAAGACACAAGUGGACAAGGAUCUGCCUGGAACCAGGACAACAGUCUCCCUCAACGCCCAGCAGAAGAAGGUUGUUCAGGACGUCCUCAGAGAACAAGGACAGCAAAUUGGUGACAUGAUGAAGCAGAUCAAAGACAUCAAAAAUCAUUUUAGUUUCUAAGCACUGCAGAAAAUGCUUAAAUACAGUUGGGGAAAUAUUUCAGAUUCUCCCUGGAAUCCACUCGGUUAUUACAUUUGCAUUUUUCUGACAUUUAAUAAGAAGCUGUAAUAAGUUCAUUAGCUCUGGUGGUGCCAUCUGUAGAAUGGCUGUUUGAAUAGAGCAGCAUCUGAUAAACGCUAGUAUAAAGUUACCUUUCAUACUGCAUGUUGUUCCCUAAUAGAAAUACAAUAGGUUUGACUUUGUCAUACAUAAGUUUGUAUAUUUUUACAUUAAUAUUUUUACAUGUUCAGUUUGGAGUCACUGAUUAUUCAGAGCAGAAUGUCCCAUGUAAAAGCAGGAGAAUGAUCAUUUGUGUUAAACUAACCUCUCAGAGCUGUUCUCAACAUUGUUUGCUCACUUUUUGCAUAAAAAAUUAUUAAACUUGUUUGUGAUCAGA